GGAACAAUGGUUAUUUCCUCGAACUCAUGCCUGGGCUUUAUCUGUUUAUUGUUAUGCCACUGGAUCAGGAUGGCAUCAUCUCUGAACCUUGAAGAUCCUAAUGUGUGUAGCCACUGGGAAAGCUACUCCGUGACUGUGCAAGAGUCAUACCCACAUCCCUUUGAUCAAAUUUACUACACUAGCUGCACCGACAUUCUGAACUGGUUUAAAUGCACGCGGCACAGAAUCAGUUAUCGGACCGCCUAUCGACAUGGAGAAAAAACUAUGUACAGGCGCAAGUCCCAGUGCUGUCCUGGAUUUUACGAGAGCAGGGAAAUGUGUGUCCCCCACUGUGCUGAUAAAUGUGUCCAUGGUCGCUGCAUUGCUCCAAACACCUGUCAGUGUGAGCCUGGCUGGGGUGGGACCAACUGCUCCAGUGCCUGCGACGGUGAUCACUGGGGGCCUCACUGCAGCAGCCGGUGCCAGUGCAAAAAUGGGGCCCUGUGCAACCCCAUCACGGGGGCUUGCCACUGCGCUGCGGGCUUCCGGGGCUGGCGCUGUGAGGAGCGCUGUGAGCAGGGCACCUACGGUAACGAUUGCCACCAGAGAUGCCAGUGCCAGAAUGGAGCGACCUGCGACCAUGUCACGGGGGAGUGCCGCUGCCCACCCGGAUACACUGGAGCCUUCUGUGAGGAUCUUUGUCCCCCUGGCAAGCAUGGACCACAGUGUGAGCAGAGAUGCCCAUGCCAGAAUGGAGGCGUAUGUCAUCACGUCACUGGAGAGUGCUCUUGUCCUUCUGGUUGGCUGGGCACAGUGUGUGGUCAGCCUUGCCCCGAGGGUCGCUUUGGAAAGAACUGUUCGCAAGAAUGUCAGUGCCAUAAUGGAGGGACGUGCGAUGCUGCCACAGGCCAAUGUCACUGCAGUCCCGGGUACACGGGGGAAAGGUGCCAGGAUGAGUGUCCCGUUGGCACCUAUGGAGUUCGCUGUGCGGAGACCUGCCAGUGUGUCAACGGAGGGAAGUGUUACCAUGUGAGUGGCUCCUGCCUCUGUGAAGCAGGUUUUUCUGGUGACCACUGUGAAGCGCGCCUGUGUCCAGAAGGACUCUAUGGCAUCAGAUGUGACAGGCAGUGUCCCUGCCAUGUGGACAACACUCUCAGCUGUCACCCCAUGUCUGGAGAGUGUGCCUGCAAGCCAGGCUGGUCGGGACUCUACUGUAAUGAGACGUGUUCUCCUGGAUUCUAUGGGGAAGCUUGCCAGCAGAUCUGCAGCUGCCAGAAUGGGGCUGACUGUGACAGUGUGACAGGACAGUGCACCUGUGCCCCAGGAUUCAAAGGAAUUGACUGCUCCAUCCCAUGCCCUCUGGGGACCUAUGGGAUAAACUGUUCCUCACUCUGCAGCUGUAAAAAUGAUGCUGUCUGCUCUCCUGUGGAUGGAUCUUGUACUUGCAAUGCAGGCUGGCACGGGGUGGACUGCUCCAUCAGCUGCCCCAGUGGCACAUGGGGUUUUGGCUGCAACUUAACAUGCCAGUGCCUCAAUGGCGGAGCCUGCAACACCCUGGAUGGGACCUGCACCUGUGCCCCUGGAUGGCGUGGGGAGAAAUGUGAAUUUCCCUGCCAGGAUGGCACUUAUGGACUGAACUGUGCUGAGCGUUGUGACUGCAGCCAUGCAGAUGGCUGCCACCCCACCACGGGUCACUGCCGCUGCCUCCCCGGAUGGUCAGGUGUCCACUGUGACAGCGUGUGUGCUGAGGGGCGCUGGGGCCCCAACUGCUCCCUUCCCUGCUACUGUAAAAACGGGGCUUCCUGCUCCCCCGAUGACGGCAUCUGUGAGUGUGCGCCGGGGUUCCGAGGCACCACUUGUCAGAGAAUUUGCUCCCCUGGUUUUUAUGGGCAUCGCUGCAGCCAGACGUGCCCGCAGUGUGUGCACAGCAGUGGGCCCUGCCACCACAUCACAGGCCUGUGUGACUGCUUGCCUGGCUUCACAGGCGCCCUCUGCAAUGAAGUGUGUCCCAGCGGCAGAUUUGGGAAAAACUGUGCAGGAAUUUGUACCUGUACCAACAAUGGAACCUGUAACCCCAUUGACCGAUCUUGUCAGUGUUACCCAGGGUGGAUCGGCAGUGACUGCUCUCAACCUUGUCCCCCGGCGCACUGGGGCCCGAACUGCAUCCACACAUGCAACUGCCACAACGGGGCCUUCUGCAGCGCCUACGACGGGGAAUGCAAAUGCACCCCAGGCUGGACGGGGCUCUACUGCACUCAGAGAUGUCCCCUGGGCUUCUAUGGAAAGGACUGUGCGUUGGUAUGCCAGUGUCAAAACGGAGCCGACUGCGACCACAUCUCCGGGCAGUGUACUUGCCGCACCGGCUUCAUGGGGAAGCACUGUGAGCAGAAGUGCCCUGCAGGGACGUAUGGCUAUGGCUGCCGCCAGAUAUGUGACUGUCUGAACAACUCUACCUGUGACCACAUCACCGGAACCUGUUACUGCAGCCCAGGAUGGAAGGGGGCACGAUGUGAUCAAGCUGGUGUUAUCAUAGUGGGGAAUCUGAACAGCCUAAGCAGGACCAGUACGGCUCUCCCCGCUGAUUCCUACCAGAUCGGGGCCAUCGCGGGCAUCGUCAUUCUUGUCCUAGUUGUUCUGUUCCUCCUGGCAUUGUUCAUUAUUUAUAGACACAAGCAGAAGGGGAAGGAAUCAAGCAUGCCCGCAGUUACCUACACCCCCGCCAUGAGGGUCAUGAAUGCAGACUAUGCCAUUUCAGAAACCCUUCCUCAUGGCAGCAGUGGAAAUGCUAACAGCCAUUACUUCACCAAUCCCAGUUACCACACGCUCACCCAGGGUGCCGCGUCCCCUCACGUCAACAACAGGGACAGGAUUGCCAAGUCAAAAAAUAAUCAGCUGUUUGUGAAUCUGAAAAAUGUGAAUCCUGGGAAGAGAGGCCCUGUGGUAGAUUACACAGGCACACUGCCUGCAGACUGGAAACACGGCGGCUACCUCAACGAGCUCGGUGCUUUUGGACUUGACAGAAGUUAUAUGGGAAAAUCCUUGAAAGACCUGGGGAAGCAUUCUGAAUAUAAUUCAAGUAACUGCUCCCUAAGCAGUUCUGAAAACCCAUAUGCCACUAUUAAAGACCCACCUAUCCUUAUUCCCAAACACUCAGAGUGUGGUUAUGUGGAGAUGAAGUCACCAGCGCGGAGAGAUUCCCCAUAUGCAGAGAUCAAUAACUCAGCUUCUGCCAACAAGAAUGUCUAUGAAGUUGAACCUACCGUGAGUGUUGUCCAAGGAAUAUUCAACAAUAAUGGGCAUCGCACCCAGGAUCCAUAUGACCUCCCAAAGAACAGUCACAUCCCUUGCCAUUACGACCUGCUGCCAGUCCGAGACAGUUCAUCCUCCCCCAAGCAAGAGGACGGUGGCAGCAGCAGCAGCAGCAGCAGUGAAUGA